UGAUAAGCGUGGACGCCGCCAUUGCCAUACUACAUCAACGGUCAUUUGAUCGUGAAUGGAUAUUUAUCUUUUGACUGUGAAUAACUGCAACCUUCAAAAGUGACGCACCGUCUAAACCUCGUCAAUGUAGAAAAACGCGUCACGUUAGGCCCAAUAUUGUCACACCUUAAUGAAUGAGGACCUACAACAUUCACUGAACGCAUGUACUGCUGGUGACAACGGUGCACUACCGUAAUUUUGUAUUGAGAGAAAAACAGUUCAACCAUCGGCCGUAGAUAAAUGCCCACCAUGAGAACCUUUAUUCUACUGUGUAUGUGCCUCAUCCUGGUAGUUGGCGAGCCGCUUGCGCCAUUAUACCAAACCACGGAACCACUUCCCAACAGGUACAUCGUCAAAAUAAAGGACAGCGUUUCACGAGGUUUUUACAAAAGCGGAUUUCACGAGCAGCUGGGAAGAGCUGGAUACCCCAAUGCUGUCAGGAGAACUACCAACUUCUUGAAUGCCAUAUUUGUGGACAUCCCGGACGACAAAGUAGACUUGGUUCGGGCCAUCGAUGGUGUUGAGUACGUCGAACAGGAUGGCGUAGUCCACGAAACAGAGGUAGGAUCGUGGGGACUAGACCGCAUUGACCAAGAUGACCUGCCUCUCGAUGGGAACUACUCUCCAACAGGCGACGGGGAGGGUGUAAGUGUCUACGUCAUUGACACGGGAGUUCGACACACCCACGAGGAGUUCGAAGGCCGCGCCCACCUCGGGCACGACGUCUUCGACGACGGCUGGGGCGCUCGGGACUGUCGCGGCCACGGCACGCACUGCGCCGGCACCAUCGCGGGCAAGACGUAUGGGGUGGCUAAGAAAGCAACCAUCUGGUCUGUCCGGGUUCUGAGCUGCUCCGGGUCUGGGACUUGGUCAGGCGUCCAGGAAGGUAUGGACUGGGUCAUAGGUCACGCCAGUGGUCCAUCGGUUGCCUCCAUGUCCCUAGGCGGGGGUAAGAUCGAGUCCAUCAACAAUGCAGUUUCUAGGAUGCACAACGCAGGCAUUACAGUGGUGGUAUCAGCGGGAAACGACGACUGGCCGGCGUGCUGGAACUCGCCCGCUAGCGCGCCCAAGGCCAUCACGGUCGGCUCCACGACGGACACUGAUGCCCGCUCCUACUUCUCCAAUUAUGGCACCUGCGUGGACAUCUUUGCCCCGGGGAGCUCCAUUCUGAGCGCCGGCAUCAAGACGGACCGCGAAACCACAUACAAGAGUGGUACCUCCAUGGCAUGCCCACACGUCUCGGGUGUGGCAGCGAUUGAGCUGGGUAAGAACAAGAACAUGAUGCCGUCGGAUGUUGCCGAAAUCCUUGUGACCAGGGCAGUCAAGGACAGGGUUGCAAAUGCCGGCCCGGACUCCGUUAACCUUCUUCUGAGGGUGUAGUGACCGCUGAUCGUUACAUCUGGUUUCCCUUUAGCUUUGUAUACUCCAUUUUAUUUUUCUGUGUGGAAUAUCCUUUUGAACCUCAUACAGCGGCAAUUCCCACCCCCAGCCCCGUUGGUUAUUAUCAAACGCAUGCAGGUGCUGGGAUCAACAAGGGCUCUGACAGUGUUUUGUACUCCAACCCCCCCCCAAAUGCAACUACAUUACAUAGAAAAGAACAGAAAAGUCAGGCAUUUUAACUCUUCGUGAAUGUAGUUAGUUCAUGAUUUGAAAUCCAUGGCGAAAACAUAAAGAGUUGAAAGGAUUGAUAAAAUGUGAUACGACAAACUAAGCACAAAAUAGCAGAUUAAUACAAAAUGCGAAAAAAUAUGGGAAUUUUUGAUGUGAAAUAAGUAAUGGAGACAAGAUGUUUUCCAAUAUACCAACAAUAUGAGAGCAAUUUAUAUAAAGCAAUUGUCUAAUUAUAAUUGUUAAUCGUAAGGUUUAAAAAAGUAUAGUUAAAAAAAUGUAGAAUUACUUUAUCCGUGUCAUAUUCAGUACAGCUCUUUAUAAACAACUAUUCAUUUUAAAGGAACCAGGAAAUAGAAAUAUUUUUAUAAAUUGACUAAAACCCUUGAAACUGUAUCUAUUGGUUUCAUGCUUAUUUAAAAGUUUUGUUUUGCGAUUUUAACCCAUAUUUUUAUGCUGUAUUGGUUUUUAUGCUAAUGUCAUUUGCAU